AGUGGAUGACUAAACUGUUGAUUGGCUUACCUUGAGUGUUGCAGUGCACAAUUUUCCAUAAGAAUUAAUACCAUUGUAAUAAAGUAUACAGAAAGUAUCGUGCGCAUCCCUGUAUCCCGAUAAAGAUCGGGACCCCACAUUAUUGAAAGAGUCACGCAGCAGUCGUAGUGGCAGAGUGCCGCGUAUAUCAGGCUAGAGCAGAGGUUGCUCCAGCAGCCAAACAAAUGCUGCAAGUAUUUUGACCAUCCAAAAAGUUCGCGUCGUCAGUCAGAAAACUUUCGCGAAACGUACCAAGUAAAAAGGCAAACGGACAGAGACAUGUGUGUCAUCGGAACAUAGAAAUGUGAGUGUGUACGCGAAUAGUGUCGUGUGUGGGCGUGUUUUUCAGAUAAGUGCCUUCGGUGUUUCAUUAUUCUCCAAAAAACGAAUUGAAAAAAUACUCCGAAGAAGGCAUGAUGUUCCCGAUACGCAUCGUUUUACUCUUCUUGCUCGUUGUCGACAUUCAUGCAGCAGCUAAUAGCGUAAUAUCAGCUAAGAAGGAGUGCAGGAAGAGGAUAGCUGAAUGCACGAUGAACGGUGGUGGAAAUACGCCAGUGUGCGGAAGUGACGGAAUUACAUAUUCCAGUCAAUGUCAAGUCAUUUCUAAACAAUGUCAAGGAAUAUCUAUUCUUAUUAAACACACCGGAUCUUGCCCAGAAACACCAGCGUGUUUUUCAGCAAGAUUAACCGCUCGAUCGGGCGCACAACCUGUCUGCCGAAGCGAUGGAACAUAUGCGCCGGUACAAUGUCACAUGGAGAGUGGAUAUUGUUGGUGUGUAACGAAGCAAGGCCGGCCGUUGCCCGAUACGUCGGUAAGACAUCAAAAACCGAGAUGUUCGAAACUCGGUUCCAGAUCUGCUGCAUCCACUAGGAACGGCCAAAGACGACGCUCGCCGAGUUGGAAACAGCGCAGACAAUAUGUCAGUAACAGACAUAGGAAUACUUGCGAUCGUUCCGAGAAAUCUAAAUUUCACGAAAAUCUUAUUGAGAAUUUCAAGAUUGAAUACAGACGAAUAAACAUAUCUGUUGAUGAUGAUAAGAAUGUUGAGCAGAUAUUGUCAUGGAAAUUUAUAACCUUGGACAAAGAUGGGGACGGAUUCUUAGACAGGGCAGAGUACAAGGAGCUCCGAAGGCUCGCUAAGAAAGCGGUGAGACCGAAGAAAUGCGCACGAACAUUUGCUCGCACGUGCGACCUAGAUCGGGAUUUAAAGCUAUCCAGGCAGGAAUGGGGUGCUUGUCUCGCAAACGAUUUCACUCUACGUUUGUUCUUGUCGCUGAACCCUGCAGACGAGCGUUCUGAGGUCCCUGAGGCCCAAAGGACACGGCCCACGGACCAAGUUUUGAAAGGCAGUCCAGCACCUAUUCAUUCUCUAUCGAUAUUUAAUGACGAUGUUUCGGAUACUAAGGAUACUACGGAGGAGAGCGAUGCGGCCGAUUGCAUAUCGGAUCAAAAAUCAGCAUUGGAAGAUCAGAAGAAAAAUUCGAAAGGCAAAUAUUAUAUUCCAGAUUGCACGUCCGAUGGAAGGUAUCGUCGGGUGCAAUGUUAUUCGGGUUAUUGCUGGUGCGUAUAUGAGGACACAGGUAAACCAAUACCAGGCACAUCCUCGAAAGAUCACACGCCAAAUUGUUAUCCAGUCCCAACUCCCAGUAGACCUAUGAAAGGAUGUCCAGAAAUGAAGAAACAACAAUUUCUUCGGGAUUUGAUGAAUCUCAUGCUGGAGAAAAUGAUGGCAUCCAACACCGAUUCUGACGAAACCACCGCUAAAUGGCAAACUUCUAAAGAAGAACAUAUAGCUACAUGGCAUUUUGUGAUGCUUGAUAACAAUAAAAACAAGGUCUUAGAAAGGAAAGAAUGGAAAAGUUUUCGCACAAUGGUGGCAAAUAAUAUGCAGCUUCGAAGGUGCGGUAAAAAAUUACCAAGAUAUUGUGACAUUAAUAAUGACAGAAAAAUCAGUAUGACAGAAUGGUACAGCUGUCUUAAUAUUCAGCAUCCAGCAACAGCCAACGAUCCAGAGAAAACAUCAACGAGUACACCGAGGAGAGGUCCAAAUCCAAUAGACUUAAUUCUCUAUGGUGAUUAAUAACAUAAUGUGAUAAUAAAGACUAGGUUCUAAUUAUGGACCAUAAACUUAUAACUUCAGAUUAAUUCUGAUUGAAAAAGAAUUAAUUCUUACGCGCGCCAAAAACGAUAUGAUUGAUUAAAAAUCAGGAUAGUCUGAACACAAUUUAUUAUUUUGUAAUAAAGAAUGUUGGCGAUUUUAUAAGGAAAUAAUUAAUGUGGUUGCUAAUAAAUAGUAGCCGCACAAAAUAGCAUUUAUUUUAUGUGCUAAUGAAUAUAGCUGAGUAAUAUAUAGAAAAUACCCCAAAACUACUAAUUACAAAUUACGAGAAAUCAUAGAAGUCAAAUUGAGGGUGAUUUCAAUCACUGUUAAAUCUGAUAGCCUUAGGUAAAUUUUCAUAGUUAUCAAAGAGGCUUUGAGAACUUGGAGAUAAUCGAAAAGCACUGAGAGAACUACAUACAUUCUA